GGUCUGAAGGUCCCCAAAGGUGGGUUCAGGGUCCUCAAAGUUGGUUUGAAGGUCCCCAAAGUUGGUCUGAAGGUCCCCAGGGUUGGUCUGAAGGUGCCCAAAUGUGGGCUCAGGGUCCCUAAAGUUGGUCUGAAGGUCCCCAAAGUUGCUCUGAAGGUCCCUAAAGUUGGUCUGAAGGCCCUUGAGGUUGCUCUGAAGGUCCCCAAAGACGCUUUCAAGGCGCUUCAAAUCCCCCAACUCAACCUUUUCCCUUUCCCCUCCCCCUCCCCAGGCCAAAGCGGCGCCGGCAACAACUGGGCCAAGGGCCACUACACGGAGGGGGCCGAGCUGGUGGACUCGGUGCUGGACGUGGUGCGCAAGGAGGCCGAGAGCUGCGACUGCCUGCAGGGCUUCCAGCUGACCCACUCGCUGGGCGGCGGCACCGGCUCGGGCAUGGGCACCCUGCUGAUCUCCAAGAUCCGCGAGGAGUACCCCGACCGCAUCAUGAACACCUUCUCGGUGGUGCCGUCGCCCAAGGUGUCGGACACGGUGGUGGAGCCCUACAACGCCACGCUGUCGGUGCACCAGCUGGUGGAGAACACGGACGAGACGUACUGCAUCGACAACGAGGCGCUCUACGACAUCUGCUUCCGCACCCUCAAGCUGACCACGCCCACCUACGGCGACCUCAACCACCUGGUGUCGGCCACCAUGAGCGGCGUCACCACCUGCCUGCGCUUCCCCGGGCAGCUCAACGCCGACCUGCGCAAGCUGGCGGUGAACAUGGUGCCCUUCCCCCGCCUGCACUUCUUCAUGCCGGGCUUCGCCCCGCUGACGUCGCGGGGCAGCCAGCAGUACCGCGCCCUCACCGUGCCCGAGCUCACCCAGCAGGUCUUCGACGCCAAGAACAUGAUGGCGGCCUGCGACCCGCGGCACGGCCGCUACCUGACGGUGGCCGCCGUCUUCCGGGGCCGCAUGUCCAUGAAGGAGGUGGACGAGCAGAUGCUCAACGUGCAGAACAAGAACAGCUCCUACUUCGUGGAGUGGAUCCCCAACAACGUCAAGACGGCCGUGUGCGACAUCCCCCCCCGCGGCCUCAAGAUGGCCGUCACCUUCAUCGGCAACUCCACCGCCAUCCAGGAGCUCUUCAAGCGCAUCUCGGAGCAGUUCACGGCCAUGUUCCGCCGCAAGGCCUUCCUGCACUGGUACACGGGCGAGGGCAUGGACGAGAUGGAGUUCACCGAGGCCGAGAGCAACAUGAACGACCUGGUCUCCGAGUACCAGCAGUACCAGGACGCCACGGCCGAGGAGGAGGAGGAUUUCGGCGAGGAGGCCGAAGAGGAGGCCUGAGGAGGGUGGU